UGGAGGGGGGUGAUUUCGAACAAUGACUAUAGUAAAACAACUGACACUAUUUCCUUAGGUUGGAGGUUUGGCUUCUACAACUUAAUACUAUAGCUGUAUGAAACAGCUGGACAUAAUAGGAAAUGUCCUUUUGAUUUACAAGAAUAAUACAGGAAGAAUACACAUCUUAAAAUAAACUUUCAAUUCAAAGGGCUGGGAGAAAUAUAGAACUUAGAAAUCUAUUGUCAGCAACACUCUUCAACAUAUUUGAACUAUCAUAUUAGAAAGAUCUUGUGUAUAAAUGCAUAACCUUUAACAAUCACAACAUAUUAAUCGUAAAUAGGCAUGAUAUACUAUAAAUGAAUUUUCUUUGCCACAGACUUGAUGAUACUGGUUACAAAAUUAUUCAAUUAAAGAAGAAUUACAUCAGCAAUUAAUUAAAGGAAACUAAAAGUAUGUUGUACAAUAAAUCAAUUAAUUAUCAUCUACUAUAAUUGUAAAUCUUAUUUAUUUUCAUUUAGAACCCUCGGAACGAUGAAUAAAUCAAGAAAAUCAUUCACUUUAUUUAAAUUUCCCGUCGCUAUGGGAGCUUCCAUUCAACUUUAAUCUAUAAUGUCACACUCUCCAUUCCGUUUUGUUUUAUCCAUAGCAUCAGUAUCAGAUCAUGAUAUUCGCUCUAAUUGACAAGUUCUGGAAAAUUUGAAACAAUAUCGACUGGAGACCAUUCUUUUACCUUUGACUUUCCAUUAAGUUACAAACCAACCUAAAACGUAGCAUGUUCAUUGAAAGCGAAGAUUAGUGUCGGAGACGAAGGAAUCUCUGCGUAGAUGCCAAGUAUCGUAGAAAAUAUCUGCCGUUGUUAUUUCGACAUGGUAAUUCCGACUUUAGAGAAGCAUCCUGAUUACAAUCAUAACAUACUUAUUUUGUUAACAAAUAACUUGGCAUGGAAUAAAAAUUUACAGAAGGCUAUUUUUAACUUUGAAUGAUAGGAGAUUAACAGUUGUAAUUUAUUUCAUAAAAAUGCAUAUAUUUAUGAAUACAUGUAUUUAUUCUUUACAUUGACGUGUGAACCUAAACAUUAUCAUUUUUUUUCAGCCAAUUACUUGAAUAACAGAAACGCACAAGUUAGUAUUUUAUUAAGAGCAUUGUGUAUAUUGUAAACGUAAACCAAAUAGAUGGCGUGACGUCAAAAUAAUUAGAUUUUGGAUUUUAAUACAGAUGAGUUCUACAUCAUGUCAGCCUCCAGUAAAUACGAUUUCUCUAACUUCAAAUGUGCAUCAAAGCUUAAUUAUGCAGCUUAUUUUCAAAACAGCAUGACUACAUGCGAUAAUUUAAAUUACUUUCUUAAUAUAAAUAAAAUAUGUGUUUGACUUUCCUUCCCAUUAAAGUCCAAUUAUAGGUAAAUUAAUGGCCACCUGUUAUUCCGAUAAUUUAUCCUUAAUUGUUAUUGGUGCUAAUUAGAACAAGUACUUUAAUCAAUAGAUUCAAUUGAUUAGUCUGUAAGAUUAAUUACAAUCACAAAUCUUUUUGUUGUAAAAAAUAUACUUUUUGGAUAAGUAGUAUACUUAAUUAAUAAAUAAACAACAUUUGUUCAAAUUUUGUGAAAAAGCCUUGCAUCCCCCCCCCCCCCUUAAAAAAUAAAGACGAUAUUUGACUUUUAGCUUCAAUUAAGAAAUAUCUCAUUCAAAAAUAUACACAUAAGUAUAUAAAUGAAUAUGGAUUAAACAGCACCUAAAAAUAGCCUAGAGAUCAAGAUAUAAAUAAUUAUAAUACUAAUGGUGUAUACUUUUCAAAGUUUUACAUGGACAUUUGACUAACUUAUAGAUGAUAUAGAAAUAAAGGAUUUAGUUGAACAACAAGAUAUUGAUAAAAGAAAAAAAGAAAUAUAUAGAGUAGUUAUAAUAUUAGACUUUUGAGUCUAAUCCGACAUUUAUUGCUCUUCAAAAGGAUUUUUCAAAAUAAUACCAAAGCACAAUUAUGUUUGAGAGGCAUUUAUAAACCCUGCUGAGAAUUCAUAAUAAAAAGAAAAUCCUCUGGCUUAAAGUAUAUCUAAAAUUUUUGUAAAACAACAUUUAAGAAAUUCUUCUUUUCACUUAAUGCUCAAAUACAUUCUAAAAUUGCUAAGAUCACAAAUUAAAAGUUAUAAAGUACUACUAAUGAUUAUUGCAGUGAUGUGUGUAUAUGUUUGGUAUUAAUGCUUGGGUCUGUACAAACUGAGAGACUUCUGGGAAACAUGGGGCUAUCAGAAACCAGCGACAGAGACAACUCAUCAGGGGGGACAAUCCUGUUAUAUCUGUACAAGCUGUCUAAUCUCCGCUCCUUAUGUCCCUGUAAUCAGUUACCUAUCAUAUCAUCACACAGCAAUCAGAGCCUCAAUGGAUAAUGUGUAGUGAUUAGAACCAUUAGCGGGCCCUACCUGAUGGUGGGGGGUAAUUAUCACACCUGUUUGGAGAAGCAGGUAAACUUCAAAGUACUGCCUACCUGUCCAUCUGUAGCAAUCCACGGUGUGUUUGGACUGCAAUACUCUCCUUGUCACAGAGAGGCCUUCUGUUGGCCCUGUAUCAACACUGGCCUAUUACAGUUAUUAUCUUUUGAUGUCACUAAGAAAACACAACCUACCCACCAAAGACAAUGGAAAUAUACACCUUACCUCUUAUUUACCUGUAUCAGGUGACAAGAAGGUGUAAAUAUGCUGAGCUACACCUAAAUGUUCUUAAUGUGUGAUUCUAAACAUUUCACAUAAAAACCAAGGACUAGACACAGAAGCAUCAGUUCACAACUAUAACUCAACAGUACAACUUCAGUCUACCAUUUUUCCAUCUGGUCUAGUGUUACUCAGCGAACUAUAUUUUUUCCUCAGUGAGUUCACAACCUCCACAUGAUAUGCGUAACAUUGAUUUGGACUGUAGAGAAUUCCCUGGGAUUUUUGUGUGAUGUGACACUAUUGCUUUAGAUACUCUGCCUCCUCUUGGUACAUACCCAGUUAAACUGUAGCUUUGAUGAUGUUUUCCUCUCUCAUGGACGGAAUGGACAACCACUGCCCCCUCAGACAGGGCUUCACCAUGUUCUCAUCUCCUCCUCCUCCUACAGUUACCGGCACCGUCCUAAAGCCUGGCCCCACUACACAGAGACCAGGUAACCUGGAGAUCUUCUCACCCCCAGCCAUCAUCCCCGCCUUGUCACCAUUUACCUCACCGGUUCUACCUGUCCCUCUGUCACCAUUCAUCCUCUCCUCUCCGAUAAUGGCACCCAGCACAGCAACAACUCACCAGGACGCCUACCUCAAACGACUGCAGAGAAACCCCAUGUUCAAAGACCUUCAGAAUCUGCUAGCUCAGGAGUGCUUACACAUGCAGGUACCAACAAACCUGAUCGAUUCCAGCCUUAAUAACUCGGCGAUCAAAUCAGAGCCGUGCCAGUUGUUUCCAAGACACAUGAAACUUCAGGAGAAAUUCCUGGCUCUGAGAGCCGUUGAGUCGUUACGGUCUGACGGACUGAAUCUGGAGUCGACGUACAGUGGGGAGGUGGGACAGAUCGAGGUCUCACGGUACCAGGCCCUGUGUGCAGCAGGAAUCUCCAACCAGCACCGCAGAGUGGUGAACCAUCAUCAUGAUCAGCGGCGUCUGAAUCUCAUCAACCAAUACGAGGCAAUGUUACAGCAAGUCCUAAACACCAAAGAACUGGAAAAGAACACAGAACCUGUAUCCAGCCCUGUGGAGAAUAAGCCACUCCUUACAUCUGACAGAGGAGUGAUAAAAAUGGCCUUCCCUCACAAGUCUACCGUUCAAGUAGCCAGACAAUUGGCCUUUUCCUCCAACAGUGAUCUGUGUGCCAAACGCCCAAACUCACCAGAUUCCGUCUGUGAAGUGGCAAGCUCACCGGAGUGUUUAGAAGUGGACUUCAGCCAAGAGAAUCUUUCAGAGGAGGAGACAGAUUCAAGCAUGUGCAGGACCCAGACUGUGCUAGGGGACUCUGGGAUCUGUGAAGAUGAUGCUAGCUCUUACAAUUCAGAUGGUGGCGAGUCAAACUCAGAAACUACAAGCUGCCAUCAAAACGUGACUCCCUGUGUAAAAAAUCUGCCUGUGUCAACAUCAAACUCUGUUCUACAACCAUUUGACACAAACAGACAUACAGAAUUACUUAACAGGGGCAAUGUGUUCAAAAGAAAUACAGACUUUGAAAGUGAUGGAUACAAGAGAGAGACAGUAAAGAGUGAUAUCAGAGACAAUUCCAUUUCUGCUGAUAGACCAUCCAACAAAAGGAAAAGGGACCUUGAACUCAGUGAUGAAAACUACCCCACAAAACAAAAGGUCACAUCCACAAAUCGAGGGAAGAAGAUAACAGCCGAGUCAACCUUCAUUUUGUCUAAAUGGUACAAUGAGCACAUUCGUUAUCCAUAUCCCUCGGAUCUGGAGGUAGAACAGCUCGCCGAACAAACAGAACUCUCCCACCAGCAAAUCAAGAAGUGGAUGGCCAACAAACGAGUCCGAAACUACAACACCCUCUCCAUCACAGGCAAUCAACAUCCAAUCAAAUUCAAGUUCAAAGGUCAACGAUAUGCAGAAAAUGGACAAGAUGCUAAAUCAUCAAACUACAAGCAGCUCCAUCCUGUGGCCAGGAGGAUCCUGGGAGAGUGGUACGAUGUUCACAUGGACAAUCCCUAUCCAUCCGACGAAGAGAAGAGCCAAUUAGCCGAAAGAGCAGGUAUUACAGAGCAGCAAGUGAAGUCGUGGUUCGCCAACAAGAGAAGCCGGGCAAACAACACAAAGAAACAGGUGCCCAACUACUUCAUCAAGAAAUUCCCCGAGUACACACGCCACGUCCAAAUGGUGAGCCUGACUCGCGAGCUUGCUCGGAAAUCACGGAAAACUGACAGUAUAGACUCAAUAAUACAGUGUGCCUACAGAAACUGAGUAAAGUACAGCAUGGACUCGAUGUUCCAGUCUGUCUGCAGAACCUAUGUGAAAUAAAACUGUUUGGUGUCAUAUUACCCUACAAGAAUGGCUCAAAUGAUCCCAAAUAUAUGGACACUCUUUAGUGCAUUCUGUUGUUUAACUGUUUACUUGACAUAAUAGUGCCAAAUUAAGAUUCUCUUCACUGCAUGAGGUUAACAAAAGUUGUAAAUAUAUCUUAUACUAAUUCAAUAAACUGAAAACAUUAUGGAGUUAGUUGUUAUUUAAAAUCUUUAUUUUUUAAAACAAAAUUUUUAUGAUAAGGAAAUAAGAAUAAGGUUUCAUGGAGUUUUUUCUUAUUCCUAAGCUUUGUGAGACGAAUAGCAGAAGCAAACUAGAGAAGUCCAAUAUACCUUGUGUUAUUGAAAAACAUUGUCAGUACUUCUCGGUCACAAGAAGCUUUAAAAUCUAUCUGAUUACGCAGCUCAUGCACUAACAGAAAGAAAAACCCAGCUCAUAUGACUACCAUUCUCCCCUUUAAUGAUACAUAUAAUGGACAUAAAGGUAAAACAAUGUAGUUCAUGCAUUAACGUAAAGUUUUGGAAACGCUGGGUAAAAAUAAAUA